GGCCCUCUUCCUUGAAGAGGAGAGCUCGGAGGCACGGGGACGCGCAUCCCCUGUCCCGGCUGGGCAGUCUCCGGCCGCUCUCGCAAGCGGCAGGACGGACCCCGCGGCUGCGCGCAGCAAUCCCGCUCGGGGAAGGCGGCGACGGGGGCCCGGCAGGAGGGAUGGAUGCCCGCAGCCGUGCUGGGGCCCGCCCCUGCGCCGCAUGCACUGGCCUGCGCGCCGGGGCCCAGGCGCAGAGCCGCACUGCAGACUGGGCUGGACACAGCAGCAGCAAUGCUGCAGGUAAGGUGCAGCUGGGCCACAUCCUCCGACCCUGCUGUGUGCUGGAACACACGGGCCCAGCGUGGUGGAUGCCCUAACGUCCCUGCUCUAGCUGCCUCUCUCCUAGCGCUGAGCACGGCUGAUAUAACAUGGGAUGUCCCAGCGGCUGGCCGGGGGCUGCCCUUGCCCUUCUGCUGCUACUGCUGCUCAGCCUCCUGGCGCUCUGCUUGGCAGCACUGGAGGAACUGGAGCCCACCACUGACAGGCAGCCGCGAACAGUGUGCACCCUGCAGGAGGGGGAGAGUCGCAUCUUCACCUGCUGGGUUCCCCGGCCCGUCCCCGGUGCCACACUGGCCUGGUACCUCAACGGUCAGAAACAGGAACUCAACCUCUCGACUGCAGACACUGCCAGCAUCCUCACCCUCACCGGCCAGCACUCCGACCACCAGCUCAACUGCUCCCUGACCAUCCCGACCUCCAGUGAGACCUACAACACCUCCAUCCUUCUCAAUGUGCAGUAUAAGCCAGAGAUCCUGUGGAAAGAUGCCCACUACCAGCAGGUUGAGAGCGCUGGCCUUCUCCUGGUGCUCUUUGUGCUGGUGCAAACCAACCCACCUGCCAGCACCACCUGGAUGGACCAGGAUGGGCAUGUGAUGGCCAACACCUCCAAGCUUCUCCUCCUGGGUGCCAACCACUCACUCCACAUCCAUCUCAGCUGCACAGCUGGAAACCUCUCCAUCAGUGCAGCCAACAGUGUGGGCAUCGCCACUGCCUCCCUCCUGCCCACAGGUCUGCUGGAUGCCCGUGUGGAGCUGCCUGUCCUGGGUGUUGCCAUUGGAGCAGCCCUGGCCCUAGCUGCCCUGCUCAGCCUGGGCUCCUGUGCUGCCUGCCUGGCAUGCCGCUUGCCCCAGCUUGUGCAAGGUCCAGGGCAAGCAGGAGGGAACAGCCCACCCAGCCAAUGCUCCCAUUGCAGCAGCUCUGAGCCCCCGCAGCCCCAGGGCACACGACUGCCCCACCAGACCCAGUCCCUGCCACCCAACCUGCGCCUCAGUGACCUUGCACAAGAAGAAGGAGGUAAAACCCUGAUGUGUCAGUGCACUGAGACAUGCAGGGCCCCAGGUCCUGCCUGGGUGAGGGAUAGAUGUCCUGGCUCUCAUUCCCUUGCUUCCCUGCAGCUUCCCCCAAGGAUGCAGGAGCCAGUGCUAGGGGAGAAGAAAGUGCCCUGCUGGGACUGGAAAACUCCCUGGUCCUCAGCAAGCUUGGUAAGGGGAGCAAGCAUCCCUAAAAGAUGUGUUGUGGGACAUGGAGCUCUGUGGCUGCCCCAACAGGCAAUGAGUUCUUUGUCCUGCAGGUUUUGUCCAGCUCCCAAAGUCUGGGCGCAUCUACAAAGUGCCCAGCAUGAGCAGUGAUGAGAUCUGGCUGUGAGCUGCAGUGUGGUGCCAGUGAGCCAGGGCUGCCCGGCACCAGGUAGGUACCAGCCCCCGGAGCCGAGCAGCUGAGGGUGCCAGGAAGGCCGUGAUGGGAAGCAGCAGCUGACCAGCCCCAGUUCUGUGCUGUGCUGUGCAGGGCUUGGGAGCUGCAUUGUCAGCCAAGGCAUGGUUUUAUGUAGUCCCUGAACUUUACCAAUAUUCUCUUAGAAUCAAAAUGCAUCAAAACUGUUUAUAGCCAGGCUCUAGCACUGUGAUUCCUCUUGGGGUAAAGCCAAG